AUGGGGGACGUGUCUGAAGGAGGGAGACAAAAAGUGGUUAGAAAGGAUUUUUCUAAGAUUUUUUUUGGAAAGAGAAAAGGGAGGAGACCAGGUGGUUGGGGGAUAUUUUCCAAGAAGGCGGGAGGAUUUUGGAGGAAGAAGAGGAGAGAAAUCGGAGACGAGGUGGUGAGGAGGCGUUUUUCCAGAUUUUCGGAGAGAAGAAAAGGAGGUGGUGGCAUAUCUCUGUUCUUCAUCUUGGAGGAUCCGUCGCUGAGGAGUUUUUCACCAUUUUCGCAUCUGCAAAGAGAGACAGAAGGCAGCCGGAGAAGACCCUCAAAUGAAGAUGCUCUUCAUUCACCACUUCAAGUAGGAGGAAAUUCUCAUGUACAAGAUGAACAUGAACAAGAUGAAAAUCAGGAUACUUUGUUGGAAGUUGAACAAAAAAGACCACCAACACACAAGGGAGCAUGGUUGGUUGAUGUUAUUGAUGACCAAUGUAAGAUGACUACCAAACACUUAAAAACAAAUGAUGUUUGGAAUUUGUCUCAAAAUGAAAGGAUUAUUGUACAUUGGAAUGAGGAAUAUCAACCAAUUGGAGAUGGUGGCGCAUUAUUGAAUCGAUUCUUGGGAAGUAUCGCUAGAAACUUCAAGGCAAAGUUUGUAGUGAAUUCCGAUAUUCAAAUCAAUUACAUCUUGAAAGCGCUUAAUCAUAAAUGGAGAGAUUGUCGCCUAGAAUUGUGGCAACAAAGAGAUGAUGGCACCCGUACUAGAGAUGAAUUGAUUGCCAUGGCUCCAGAAAGCAUAGAUAGAGAUCAUUGGGCUUCUUUUGUUGACUAUCGACUUGAUGAAAGAACAAAGAUUGUUCUGGUGUGGAAUAGGUUAAAAUCUAUCACACUUCAACCAACCAACGCUUUAUGA